AUCUUGUAAUCAAGAGAGGUAUUCAUUCCAGAGAGAAUGCCAAGAUACACAGUGCACGUGCGAGGAGAAUGGUUAACCAUUCCAUGUAAAGAUGCGUGUGAAACCAUUAAAUGGCUUGGUAAAGAAGCUUUGAGACGUUACAUUAAGAACAAGCCUGAUAAUGAAUUUCUUAGCUGUGUUGAGGAUGUUAAGUUCUGUGUCCGGAGGUGUAAAGGUCUGGGCUUGCUUGAUCUUGAUGAUGCAAUAGAAGAUGUUUUGGAGAAUGAUGAAUUUCUUGAAGUUGUUGUAGAAGAUGAUGUUACAUCACCAGAUUUCAUUCCAUCACAACCAGAAGGCUCCCAUCUAUACAGUAAAUACCAAGAGCCAAGUGAGUAUAUAUAUGUAGAUGGAGAGAGUUUGACACCCCAAGAUGUGUUCAAUUUGGGAAAAGGGCUCUACAAAAUAAAGCUUAGCCCAGAAGCUGAAUUUAAAGUGAAGCAAUCCAGGCUUUUAAUUGAAAGUAUCAUCCAAGAGCAUAAAGUGGUAUAUGGAAUCAAUACAGGAUUUGGAAAGUUUGCUCGCACAGUCAUUCCAGAGUGUAAACUCAAGGAACUUCAAGAAAAUCUUGUACGAUCUCAUUCAGCAGGUGUUGGGAAACCUCUGAGUCCUGAGCGCACACGCAUGCUUUUUGCAUUACGGAUUAAUGUUUUGGCAAAAGGGUACAGUGGUAUAUCCCUGGAAACAUUACAACAAGCCAUUGAUGCUUUUAAUGCAAGUUGUUUGCCAUAUGUCCCAGAGAAAGGGACAGUUGGAGCUAGUGGAGAUCUUGCACCUCUCUCUCAUCUUGCAUUGGGUCUAAUUGGAGAAGGCAAAAUGUGGUCACCCAAGAGUGGCUGGGCUGAUGCCAAAUAUGUUCUGAAAGCUCAUAAACUAAAGCCGGUCUCCUUAAAGCCAAAAGAGGGCCUGGCAUUAAUAAAUGGGACUCAGUUGAUCACAUCCCUGGGAUGUGAAGCUGUUGAAAGAGCCAAUGCUAUUGCCAAACAAGCUGACAUUGUUGCUGCCCUCACACUUGAAGUCCUCAAGGGCACAGUAAAAGCCUUUGAUGCUGAUAUUCACAGAAUCAGGCCCCAUCCUGGACAAGAAGAGGUUGCUUUCCGUUUUCGAUCACUUUUGGAUUCCGAUCAUCACCCUUCUGAGAUUGCAGAAAGCCAUCGAUUUUGCAAUAAAGUCCAGGACCCAUACACAUUACGCUGUUGUCCUCAGGUACAUGGGGUAGUGAAUGACACAAUCGCCUUUGUGAAGAACAUAAUCAUGACUGAAGUUAACAGUGCAACAGACAAUCCUAUGGUCUUUUCAGAACGAGGAGAGAUAAUUUCAGGUGGAAACUUCCAUGGGGAAUAUCCAGCAAAGGCUUUGGAUUAUCUUGCUAUUGGGGUGCAUGAACUUGCUGCCAUCAGUGAAAGGAGGAUUGAAAGACUGUGCAACCCCUCACUCAGUGAGCUGCCAGCAUUCCUAGUGACAGAGGGAGGCUUAAACUCUGGCUUCAUGAUCGCUCACUGCACUGCUGCUGCUCUUGUGUCAGAAAACAAAGUUUUGUGCCAUCCUUCAUCUGUGGAUUCCAUCUCAACCAGUGCAGCUACAGAAGACCAUGUGUCCAUGGGAGGGUGGGCAGCCAGGAAAGCUCUGAAAGUCAUUGAGCAUGUAGAAUAUGUGGUGGCCAUUGAGCUGCUUGCCGCAUGUCAGGGGAUGGAAUUUCGGCGCCCACUCCAAACCACAACUCCACUGGAAAAGGUGUAUGAGCUUGUGCGCUCAGCUGUGAGGCCUUGGAUGAAAGACCGUUUUAUGGCUCCAGAUAUAGAAAGAGUGCACAGAUUGCUUUUGGACCAAAAGGUUUGGGAGGUAGCAGAACCCUAUAUUGAAAAAUAUAGAAAAGAGCACAGUCUUGCAUCAAGAUCUCUCUCUUCCCUGGCUUCUUCACUGGACUGCAUCUCACUGAGUAACUUCAAUCUACAUGAUAAUGAGUCUUCAUGAGAACCUUACAGACAAUAUUGUAAAUGAGAUCUACUACAUGCAGCCAACUUGUCGAAGUGUUUAACAUUAGAAACUUUAGAGACAGCUGAAAAAUAUUCAGCUGAGACCUGCAUUUAGCUUGCUAUUGUGUAUUCUUACCAAGCUUCACUUUAUUCAAAGUGGAAAUGGAUUUCUAGCAAUGAAUGCAGCAUUUAAUAAAUGUUUUGUGUAUCACAUUUCCCUGAGAUAUUUACACAUUAAAAUAAGGAUUAUGCACCACCCUCAGGGAUGUUCAAGCUGCAGCCCUCCAGCUAUUGCUGCACUGCAACUCCCAGAAUCCUGCAGACAACAGAAGGCCAUGAGGGAAUUAUGGGCAUUUUAAUUAAACAACCGGAGGACCACAGGAUGGACAUCCCUGCGCUUAAAAACAGCAGUGUCAUGUAACGGCAAAAGUGCAGAAACUACCAUAGUAUGGUGCUACUCUAUAAUUCAGCAAGAAUUCAAAGUAAUGAAGGAACAGGAAAUAUACAGAUCCUAUGGAAAAUGCUAAAAAUAUACUGUUAAAAAAUAUACAUUUGACAGCCAAUAGUAUUUAAAUAAAAAUGCUUUGUUUUCUUA